ACUUAUUUAAACACUGUUAGCUAAGACGCAGCCUCUUUUCACACGGGUUGUUCCUUCGUCUCUCUUUCUGGCCGAUCACAAGUGCUUUUGGGACUCCACUAGGGCAACCUUGAGUGGGGAUGUGCUUAGCUGGGGUUUUGGGGAUGUUUUAUGAUGCUCAGUCUUGCCUGCCUUUCCUGGGGUGGGUAGUCUUCUGUGGCUGCCAAUUACCCCCUGCACAGCAUAAGCCCGUGGACGUGAGGAAGACACAAGAUUUGUGGUGUGAACCAGAAAUCAGUCUGCGAAUCGCGAGUGGAGGACUUGGUUCUCCUCAACAGCAGGGUAAACCAGAAGCCGUCUCCGCGGAUGAGUGGCCCCGUGACCAGUAGGGACGACCUAAUACACGGUUCGCCUUUCUUCUGUCUGGGUGGGGACUGCACUCAUCAGACUUCCUGGAGGCGCGUCUGUGCGGAGCCCCAGGUGUCACCCAAACCAACACCAGGACCAGCAUCGGAUCCAGAUCCUACCAAGCGCCCUGGGGAAGUGUCUGAGCAGUCCCGGUUUUUCACAGGAACAGUUCUGGAAAGCCAUGACCCGGCGUCCAAGGAAAAUACACCCGAAAACCGGUUCCAAGUGCACAGGCUCGAGGCCCGCCCCGGCCCCGCUGCGGCACGGACCCGACGGCACGGACCCGACGGCACGGACCCGACCGCAGGGCGCACGCGGGGCGGCCGCACAGAGCACGCACGCUGCGUCCGAGACCACGGCAGCUCCCCCGCAGCCCCCUCUGCAGCGGCCGCGGCUCCGGGGGUCCCGUCCUCCGGGCGCGCCCCCAAGCACCGGCCCCUCCCACCGCACCCUCUCCCCUGCGCGGCCGCCCCCGCUCCGCUGCGGGGCUCCCCCGCCGCCCGCCCCUCCGCGCCCUGA